CCUGGGACAUAGUGACGUUGAAUAUCUUGUUAUAAUUUUUACUAGGGCAUGAAGUGUCUAGUACACAAGUGGUAGGAUACAUGGUUGCGUGUCACAUGUCUCUUGAGAAGCAUGUGGCUACCGUCGACGUUCAAUCCAAUUUACUUCUUGAUACUACAUAUAAUUCGGCAUCCUCUGACAAUCGAUGGACAAUCUUCCCAGGGAAUUCUCCCUCCACAAAUCAAGCCUUGAAUUGGUGACCCAACUUACAGACCGAAGCACCUUUCUUCGCAAAGCCGUUUGAAGGAACACCGGUGGAAGCGAUAUACUGGAACAACAGCAUUUUAUCUGGGCCAUGUGUAGGCGGCAGUAAUGGUAGUAUGUGCGGAUAUAUGCCCGAAAGACUACUUAUGGGUUUUCUGAAUAUGACCCAGGAGCAGAUAAUUCCUACAAUGUUUAACAACAGCACGCCCACCUUCACUUUGUCUCCAAUCGAGCUGGAACGGGCUUUAUCCCAGUACUUUGGGAUGAUGAUCUGGACAGCUGCACAGCUUGGCGGGCGUGAAGGGGGGUUUGACAGGGCAACCGGACAGGUUGAAAUCAACCAAAAUGUAAAUACGAUAAGGGUCCACUUUUCUCAAAUUCCAUUGUUGGCGGCGCUUGUGGCCUCAUCCGUCGCUUUGGUUUCGAUCCUCGCGUUGGCUGGACUUACUCCCAGUCACGAGGGUUUUGUCGGGGGCUUCGGAGUUCUACAUAUCAUUUGGCUCACGACUCGCCUACCGAGAACUGCCGAAGUAUUGGGCUCCACUCCACAUGACAAAUAUCUGGAUCGACGUGACCUUCGUUAUAUUGGAAAGUGCAUUAAAGUUCAACUGGCAGACGAUGCCAUAGAGGAUAUCGACGAAGACGAACUCGAAAGGUCUGGAAUGCUAAUGAGGAAUGAACCUAGGUGAGACAUCGUACUGCUUAGACUCAGAUCCGCUCAUCCAAUACGGUGUAGUGGGAGUAAUCAACUUCGUGACCUUGAGAA